AUGGGAGGGGCGGACGCGCGCGUGGACGCCGCGCGCGAGGGGUUCGCGGCGGCGACCGUCGCGCGCCUGGCGUGGAGCGGGUGGGUCCGGGUGACGGCGCGACGCCGCGCGAUCGACGCGCGCGCGAUCGAGUUGUACGACGAUCGAACGAAGCGACUCACGGCUCGGGCGCUCGUGGCGUGGAGUCGGGCGACGAAGUUUCAGAAUAAGCGGCGAGAGAUGUUGGGCGAACGGUGCGCGGAGAAAUUGAAAAGCGCCGCGAUGGGUCGGACGCUGUGGGCGUGGAAGACGACGGUGCGCGAGCAGAGAAACGCGAGGAGGGAUGUGAUUCGGAAUUAUUUGCUCUGGAGGGCGAAGCGGUUUCUGAGGGCGUGGCGCGACGUCGCGAUGGAGGGCGCGAAGGACAGACCGAAGAAGCCGAGGGUGGAAAAAUCGGCGAGCGAACAGUCGACGGCGACGGCGACGGCGCUAUCGCCGACGCCCACUCGAGCGCCGCGGCAGCGCAUCUCCGUCACGGACAUGAAGCAAAGGCUUUGGACCAAGGCGGACGCGUCGACGAAACCCAUGCCCACGGUUCCUCAGGAAUUCAUCGAGGAGAUUCAGGAAAUCGAAGCCAAGCGACUAGCGGCCCAAGCGGCGGAAGAAUCCGUCGAGGCGGAACGCGUCGACACGGUUGCGACUCACGAAGAAUCUAGUGAAGAGCCAGCGUCGACAUCGACGACAACGACGACGAAACAACACGUAAAGAUUCAGCGGCGAAAAGUCACCGUUCGCCGCGCGGAGGAUGGUUCAACGCCCGAGGAGGUGCCCGUGCCAGUCAUCAAAAAGAAAACCGUCACGAAGAAGGCUUUACGAGACGUGGCGACGAUGACGACGACAGAGAAAGAAAUCACGACGAGUGCUGCGUCAGCCGAUAACGUCUCGUCGACGUCAAACUCUUCGUCACACUCUUCUUUCUUUUCGAUUCUCAUUCUCGUCGUCGCCGCGCUCGCCGUAGUCGGCGCCGUCGCUCUCGCCAGCGUUGUCACCGGUUUCUCCGUCAUGUCACCGAUGGAAGGUAGCGUGGCGACGCAAAUGGUUCGCAAGCACUUGUCCGAGGCACAGAAAAAUGUCACGCUACUCGCGCGUGCGUCGGCGAUGCAGCGACGAGAGUUGGAGGCGUGUCGAACAUUCGGCGGCGGCGUUCCAGACGCAAGUCAAAACGCCGCCAUUGCCUCAGCGCAGGCCAAGGUUUCUGAUUCCAUGCACAAGGUGGCUGACCUCGAAGCUCAGUUAUCGCAAUAUCAAGCUGACGUUGCCGCCGCCCGGAGCGCGCAAAAACUAGCCGAGGACCGCUUCAAAAGGCUCGGAGAGGGCGCCAUGAAGACGGCAAUUUUGCAAGAGUCUCUACAAAAGGCACAGACGCGCGCUGCGUAUUGCGAGAGUACAUCAGCCCGAGCGUUGAAGAUUCAGGCCAUGAAGGACGCGGCGGAGUCAAGGGCCGAAACUGCUGAGCGCGAGUUGACGUCCAAGACGGAUGAGCUCACAAAGACGCAGGCGCAACUCACCUCGGCGCAGCGCGCGCUGACGAAAACCGUCGAGGUCGCCAAUGAAUGCAGAAGAUCGGUGGGUAAGGCGCCGUACGAGCCGACGUAUUACACUACACGCUCGUUCAUCCGUCUCAUCGUGGACGUCUUCCCUGCUCUGGCGUGGUUCUUCUCCAAGACCGCGAUGGUGUUUUACUUCGUGUGCGGGUACGCUUACUACCUGCGCGUCAUGGUUCGCGAAUUAGUCGGCGAGCGCGACACGCUCGUGAGCGAGCUCGCAAAGCUUCGCGUAGGGGGCGUGGACGUUGUUGAGACGGCUAGGUUGCAUCAUCUAGAUCGGACCGAGAAACUCGGCGAUGAAGACUCAACGUUGAUCAUCGAUGACGAGGGCGCGAACGCGGCGUCUCUAAACAUCGAUAGGAAACGCUCUCGAAGCGUCGACGAUGUCGUCGAGCAGGUAGAGACAACGCAGAAGAAGACGGCGACGAUGCUCGACGUCGUGACGGAGUCGAAACUGGAGGUUGACGAAGUGAAGAAGUCUGGCGCGGCAACACCGGGAAGCGAUUCGGGUGAGCGCCGAGACCGCGCGCACAAUCUCAUGGAAAACUGGGUGGCGAAAUCGCAGGAUGACGAGAUUAGCGACGAACUUGCUCGCAUUCGUAGACUCGUCGAAGUCGAGAACGAGAGAGAAAGACAAGAGGAAGAAGAGCGAUUAGAACAACUCAAGCGCCGAAUCAGAGCACAAGACAACUCGUAA